GAAAUCUCAGAUCCGGAGGGGACGGGACGCACGGGGAAGUGGCCGCACUCAGCUUUGCCUAGAAAUGCACAGCUUUGCAUAACCAAUACAGGCAGGCAUUUAAAGGCGUCGUCGCCUCCACGAACCUUGUAGUUAACCCGGUGAGGACUCACCCUUUGCGAUGAACCCUCUGAUGCAGGCUCCUCUCCUCAUCUCCCUAGGCUUGCUUCUCGCCGGCCCAGCGGCUGCUGCACGCGUCUUCUCGAACCGGCUCUCCCAGCUCAGUAGCUUUUCCUGGGAUAACUGCGAUGAGGGGAAGGACCCUGUGGUGAUCAACAGCCUGACUGUGGAACCUGACCCCAUUGUCAUUCCUGGGAACAUGACCGUCAGUGCUGAGGUCAGGACCACUGCGUACCUCAAAGAUCCUCUGAAGGUGGUACUAACUCUGGAGAAGGAAGUGGCUGGCUUUUGGGUCAAAGUCCCGUGUGUGGAGCAACUUGGCAGCUGCACCUACGAGAACUUCUGUAAUGUGCUUGAAGUGUUAACUCCCGAUGAGAAUCCCUGCCCAGAACCCCUGCACACCUAUGGGCUUCCCUGUCACUGUCCCUUCAAACGAGGUACCUACUCACUUCCCAAGUCUGACUUCUUCCUGCCUGACCUGGAGCUGCCCAGCUGGCUCAGCAGUGGGAACUACCGCUCGAAGAUCACCCUAAGCAUCAACGGGGAGCAUCUGGGCUGUGUCAAAAUCUCCGCCUCCCUAAAGAGCAAAUAAGGUGGCACCUGCCACAGCAGAAUGAAGGGGAUGGAGGAAGGCAUCCUCUUCUUCUGUCUUACGUUGGCCAAGGCCAGAUUCUACUCUCUGUCCUUUCUCAAGCCCCUUUCUACAAUGAUGACACUCCCCCGCUGAAAGUCAUUUUAUGCCACCUACAAAAUUUUUAGGUGUGGGCCAGCAGCCCUAACCUAAAGGAGAAUGAGCCUCGUGGGUUUUUUUUUGUUUUUUUGUUUUUUUGUUUUGCGGUACACAGGCUUCUCACUGUUGUGGCCUCUCCCGUUGCGGAGCACAGGCUCCGGACGCGCAGGCUCAGCGGCCAUGGCUCACGGGCCCAGCCGCUCUGCAUGUGGGGUCUUCCCGGACUGGGGCACGAACCCGUGUCCCCUGCAUUGGCAGGCGGACUCUCAACCAUUGCACCACCAGGAAAGCCCCGAGCCUGGUGGUUUUUGACAGCCCAGGACAUCUACUGGGCUGGCCACUGCAUUUUCCUCCUCACCCUCAUGGCUUUCUCUCUAAGAGCUCAACUCAUUUUCUAAAUGGUCAAGGAAGGGGGCUAACACGUUUUGUGACCCCACGUUCAGGCUGACCCAGUCUUGGUCUCCUGAAGUACCUUUAUGAUUUUUCUCAUUGAUUUUUUGUGUGCAUCGCUGACCUAAAAGCAGAGUGAGAGUACUAACAGUUUUCAUUUUACUCCCACCCCCCUCUUACAACGAAGGGUCUGAAGGAGUCGAUCUCAGUCUGUUCCUCCAUUAACGUCUAUGAUUUAGUAUUCUUUUCUAGACUUGCCCAGUUAACAGUGGGGCACAGUGUAUCCUGGAGAGGCAGGGCAUGUGAUGGGAGAGAUAUCUGAGAAUGCUCUGUGUUUAAGAUAAUCUGCGAACUCAGGUACCUGCAGGGCAAAGCGCAAGGCAUCAGUACGUGAUGAGACCACGAGGAACAUGUUGUUUGCCGGCACAUGUUCCAUUUUUUCCUUUGUAUAACAUAACUGAUCUGAGGCAGCUGCUGCCCAGUCUCGAGCUGGGGGUAUAAUCAGGGAUGGGGAGUGGGGUGAGUUGGGAAGGGCACAUGUGGUCCGUAGGGACAGCUGCUAUCUAGCUAUAGGUAGUGAGUACCACAGGACAGUAUGGGCCCAGCAUUGCCAAAUAUUCUCAAUUUCUUUUUCACUCGAGAAGCCAGAAAUCCAGACUUUUAUAUGAAAUCAAUUUUUAAAUAUUGGCAACGAAUUAUUUUUUUAAAUACUGAGCAGGCAGAAGGGGCCGAACAGACUUGUCACUGGGGAAAUCUGGUUGGCUCAUGGGUGGCCAGUUCGUGGCCUUGGAUAUAAGAACAUGCAUGCCUUGUCCUUUUAACCUUAAGACAACUCCUCCACCACUGUGUCUCCCUCCAUCGGGUCAAAGCCAUAGUGCCUGACCCUAGAAUGCUACUCCAGUGCUGGGGGAGUGGAGGCGGCCUCAGAGCUGUGAGCUCAGGGAUCACGAGGCUGCCUGCCCUGGCCUUGGAGCACUGUCAGGGUGAGUGGGGCAGAGGCUGAACAGGCGGACCCACCAGCAGCCACUCUGUGGAGCAGGGAUCCAGCGAAGAGAGGUGGACUCAUGUCACGUGCCUGGCUUUGUUCACUGUCCUGUCCUCUCAUGACAACUUAAUCACCCAUGACCAGCCCCGGGUUCUGGGCUCACAUGAAGGCUAGAAUUGUAAUAAAUCUUUUUAACUUGAGGAGAA